UUCGUUAUACGUCAUUUCCCGCUCAGGACGGAAGUUGCUUGCGGGAGAGGGGGCGGAAUCGCUUUGCGCGCCCCUUUGCCAAAAUGGCGGCGGGUCCGAUCUCGGAGAGGAACCAAGAUGCCACUGUGUAUGUGGGAGGUCUGGAUGAGAAGGUCAGCGAGCCCCUCCUGUGGGAACUCUUCCUCCAGGCGGGCCCAGUUGUUAACACUCACAUGCCCAAGGACAGAGUUACAGGCCAGCACCAAGGCUAUGGAUUCGUGGAAUUCCUCAGCGAGGAGGACGCUGACUACGCUAUCAAAAUCAUGAACAUGAUCAAGCUCUACGGGAAGCCCAUCCGGGUCAACAAGGCCUCGGCCCACAACAAGAAUCUGGACGUGGGCGCCAACAUCUUCAUUGGCAACUUGGACCCUGAGAUCGACGAGAAACUGCUCUAUGACACUUUCAGCGCGUUCGGAGUCAUCCUGCAGACUCCCAAGAUCAUGCGCGACCCAGACACGGGCAACUCCAAGGGCUACGCCUUCAUCAACUUUGCCAGCUUUGACGCCUCCGAUGCGGCCAUCGAAGCCAUGAAUGGACAAUAUCUGUGUAAUCGCCCCAUCACAGUCUCCUACGCCUUCAAGAAGGAUUCCAAAGGCGAAAGGCAUGGCUCGGCUGCAGAGCGCCUCCUGGCUGCUCAGAACCCCCUGUCGCAAGCAGACCGGCCUCACCAGCUGUUUGCGGAUGCCCCGCCCCCACCGUCGGUGCCCACGCCCGUUGUUACCACCUUGGGGCCAGGGGUCACCCCGCCAGGCAUCCCGCCCCCUGGAUCGUUCCCUCCACCGGUUCCGCCUCCGGGAGCCCUGCCUCCGGGAAUGCCUCCAGCCAUGCCGCCUCCGCCCAUGCCCCCCGGCGCUGGAGCCCCGGGACCCCCUGCCGGAGCCGCUCCUGCCGGGGCGCAUCCUCCUCACCCGCAUCCUUUCCCUCCUGGCGGGAUGCAUCCAGGAAUGCCUCAGAUGCAGGUGCACCAUGGGAUGCCAGGGAUGGGCCCUCAUCACCCAGGACCACCGGGGGCAGGGGGACAGCCGCCCCCCCGCCCACCUCCAGGCAUGCCCCAUCCUGGGCCACCCCCUAUGGGCAUGCCGCCCCGGGGGCCUCACUUUGGAACUCCAAUGGGUCACCCGGGGCCCAUGCCUCCCCACGGGAUGCGGGGACCUCCUCCUUUGAUGCCUCCCCAUGGGUACAAUGGACCCCCUCGUCCUCCUCCUUAUGGCUACCAACGGAUCCCGCUGCCCCCUCGCCCCGCUCAACGGCCCCUGGUGCCCCCGCGAGGGCCCAUGCGAGGGCCGCUGCCCCCCUAAACAGAAGGACGGCGGGGGCCAGCCUCGAAAAGUGCAUGGUGAUAUCCAGUUUCAUCCAGUCUCUGUUUUUUUAUUUCUCUUUUGAUCAACAUUCCUGCAAACUGGACUGAUGGUUCCUGUUUCACCGCCCCACGCGCAAACUGUUUUCCCGGCUGCUUUGGCGGUGUAUUAACAUUUUAUCCCGGGUUUUUUUUUUAGUUCCGCUGUCACGGAGAAGAUUCACAGUUUUAGUUUCUUUUUAUUCUUAUUGUUAGUACUCUUUGUGAAUCCCAGUGUAGAAAUACAGUUUGCAAAUAAACGUUUAGAGGAAGAUGCUCCUUGAACGAC